AUGUCGAACAUUGUCCACAAAGUUAAGGAUGCCAUCACUGGCCACAAAGACGACUCUCAUACUUCCUCUACCACUGGUACCACCACCUCCUCCUCAACCAAUCCAAACUACUACGGCACCAGCGGUAGCACAAACGCCGGCCCCCACAAUACCAACACCGCCAACAAAGUCGACCCCCGCGUCGACAGUGACCGCGAUGGUUCCUCCACUCUAGGCUCAGGAACCACCUACGGUUCCUCAACCACCACAGGAACCCACGGUACUCAUGGUAUGACCGGUACCCACGGUACUCACGGCAUGACCGGCAUGACCGGCACAACUGGCACCGGUACCUACGGUACCAGCACCGGUGGUCACGGCCCACAUUCCUCCGGUAUGGCUAACAGAGCCGAUCCAUUCGUCGACUCCACCACCGGCUCUACCACCCGUACCGGUGGUAUGGGAACUGGAUAUAGCGGAUCCACGAACGCUGGACCACAUAAUUCCAAUGUUGCGAAUAAGGUGGAUCCAAGAGUUGAUAGUGAUCGCGAUGGAUCAUAUACUGCUGGAACUGGAAAUACUUAUGGUGGAUCUACUACCACUGGUACGGGAAUGACUGGUUCUAGUGGGUAUACUGAUAAGACUACUGCUGGACCGCAUAAGAGCGAUAUGGCGAAUAAGUUGGAUCCUAGAGUUGAUAGCGAUUUGGAUGGGAGCAAGACUGUUGGGUCUGGACCUAAGUAUGGUAACUAUUAA